AUGCCAGUUGAUACGCUCUCGCUUGCUGGUAAAGUUGCCAUUGUUACUGGCUCCGGUAGAGAAAACGGCAUUGGAGCAGCUAUCGCCGUGGCAUUAGCUCGGAACGGAGCAUCUGUGACGAUCAACUAUGUCAGUGACUCUGUGACCGACCGAGCUCAUGCCGUUGCAUCUAGAAUCAUGGCAGAUGGAGGUCAUGCUGUUGUUGUCCAGACCACGAUUGACACUCCCGAGGGUGCCCACUAUUUGGCCCAGGAGACUCUCAAAGCGUUCAACACGGACCAUAUUGAUAUUCUAAUUAACAAUGCCGGAGUGGGCUUUGCGGCCAACACCUUGGCUAUCAGCCCCGAACAAGUGACUAAAACAUUGGACGUCAACAUCAAAGGUCCAAUCUUGGUUGCGCAGGCCGUUGUACCCUACAUGCCACCUGGCGGCCGAAUUGUCAACACUUCUUCAAUUGCGUCCAAACUUGGGGAUGCCAAUAUUCCGACCUACGGUGCCUCCAAAGCUGCCUUGGACAGUCUGGCCUGGUCUUGGGCCAAGGAGUGGGGGCGCAGCAAGGGUAUCACGGUCAAUGUAGUUGCCCCCGGUCCUGUGACGACUGAUAUCGUCAAAUUUGUCCCUACGGACAUGGUCAAGGCGAUUCAGCAACCAUCCAUCGACAUGACUCGAGCUGCUGACAGGGUUGGAACUCCGGAGGACAUUGCUGACGCCGUACUCUUGCUGGUAUCAGAGAAAGCGCGUUGGAUUACGGGUCAAUACAUUUCAGUCAGUGGUGGAAUCACAAACUAA